CCCCCAAAUUUUCGCUCAUUCGUCCAAAAGAAGAGAAGUAAAAAGAAGAAACUCGAAACGCUGAGCCUUAACCAUGAGCUUAAUCAAGAAACCGGGACAGGAUGGAGUUGCGGUGAAUCGAGGAGAUGGUCGUGAUGGGGUAGUCUCUGCUGGUCAAGAAGAAUGUGUUCAGCCAGCUCCUUUUGGACCCUUACCAAAGGGAUAUGUAUGGGAUCGCCUAUAUGUCUCUACCAAAGGUGUUGGACGUCCUCUCUGUGCAGUUCCUAUGUGUUGUGUUAUUUGCAGCAAGUUUUUAGAGCACAUGACUGAAGACUGCCCUCAUUUGCAUGAUGAGAGUUACAGCGAUCGCCGUUGGAAGGUUUUUCAUGCCCCUCUUGUUGUUAAAACCGCCGCUGAGAUUUUAGAAGAGAGGAGAUUCAUUGAUGAAAUAGAUCCAGAAGAUGCUCCUUUCCCCACUGAUACAUUGGUUGCAGAAUUUUCUUCAUUCUCCACUAAUGCAUUGGGAGCUGCGUGCAGACCAAAGCCUUCGAUGGCUGAAAAGUUCUAAAAUAAUGGGGGUGCUGCAACAGUGUUACUAGUUCAAAGUCAGGAGCCUGUGAGUUUCUGAAAAUGUUGCCAGGCGGAGCACAUCAAUGGCUAAAUGGAAAAGUGAAUGGUUACUGGGUGUAUUUUUUUUUUUUGUCAGUUAAACUUUGCAUUGGAGUGAUUGACUGAUUUCAGUGUUUGGUUGCAAUGACUUGUGUCUGGUUUAUUAUGAGUUGUGAUGUAGCAGGAAAGAACUUGUAUUGUUAUCUUUAGAUGUUCAGUUUUUAAUUUUUAGCUUGCUUAGAUAAUUUAAGCAAUUUUCAUAAAUUAGAUAAUUCAAUCAUCAAAUAAAAGUUAGAAAAAGAAGGAAGCAAAUGAGGCCCAAUUCAGUUAUCGAAAGUUCGAAACCCGAAUAAUAGUAGGCCAAGUUCACCAAACAUCAUGGGCCAGCGGAGCCUAUCACCUUAAUCACCAAAUAAAAAUGAGAAAAAGAAAAAAAGAACUUUCUAACCAAAAAAGAGUUUUCCCCUCGUGAGCUGUCGGAGCUUACCCUGUAUGGGCUUUGCGCUUGUUGGCCCAAUUCUUGGGUAACAGCAUCUUAUCUAUCGGAGAGAACAAGAAGAAUAUCUGGACCAAUAGCAAUGGAACACAUGUUGACAGCACGAAGAUGAUGGCCCAUGAGACAUUUGGAGUCUUCUUCUUGAUGGAAACAUCAAGAAAAGAAAGAGCAGACGGACACGUGUACCUUCCAAAACUGUGCUUCUUCUUUGUAACCGUCGACCUUGAAGAAGGUUGAGAUCAAGGAAGGAAAGGGAGGGGGAUGAGCUUGUUCAAAUUUUAUUUAGUAUAGCUUGAAAUUAACGCUGGUUUACGCUUGAUAAGGAUGUUUGAGGGCAAAGCUUUGAAGAGAAACCGAGGCACUACUGAGCCCAUCAACACCAAGCAGCCUUUGAUUGGCUAUGCAGUUGUAGGCCCCAUUGGGAAUGUUUCUAACACUGUUGCUUCAACCCUGGAACGCGCUGAUAGAAUCCAACCUGCUGUUUCUGUCAGUAGUCUGGGUAAUAUGGAGAACAGCGGGCUUGUUGAUGUUAAACCAGGGAUCCCUGAUGUUAUAGACAAGAUUAAGAGAUGCAAAGUUUCUGAUAUUGCGGAUCCUUCUCAAAUGAAAGCUUUAAGAUUGCCCGACUCUAAAACAGCUGGAAAGGUUGUGAGACUAAUGUACACCAAUGACGGCUUGGCUCUGUUAGCGCUGGCCUCCAAUGCUGUUCACAAGAUUUGGAAAUGGCCGCGUGAUGACAGGAAUAAUCCAUCAGGAAAGGCUAGUGCAUUUGUUGUUCCACAGUUGUGGCAGCCUCGGAAUGGAAUUCUUAUGGCUAAUGAUGUAAAUGACAAUAAGCCUGCUGAGGAAUAUACUGCAUGCAUUGCUGUAUAUAAAAAUGAUUCUUACAUGAUGUCUGCAUCUGGCGGUAAGGUCUCUUUGUUCAACAUGAUGACAUUUAAGGUCAUGAAAACAUUUGUGUCUCCUCCUCCUGCUGCCACUUUUCUGGCAUUCCAUCCUCAAAAUAAUAAUAUAAUUGCUAUUGGCAUGGAGGACUCUACUAUUUUAAUAUAUAAUAUCAGGGUUGAUGAGGUCGAAACCAAACUGAAGGGUCACCGGAAUCGGAUAAUGGGCCUUGCGUUUUCCCAAACUCUUAACAUACUGGUUUCUUCAGGAGCUGAUGCCCAGUUAUGUGUGUGGAGCAUUUUUGGGUGGGAGAAAAAGAAAACAACGUUAAUACAAGCACCAACUGGUCGGCAAUCCCCUUUGGUUGGAGAAACAAAAAUUCAGUUUCAUAACGAUCACACACAUCUAUUGGUUGCCCAUGAAAGCCAAAUUGCUGUGUAUGACAGCAAGCUUGAUUGUUUACGCUCUUGGACUCCCAAAGAUGCACUUGCUGCUCCCAUCUCAUGUGCAAUAUAUUCAUGCGAUGGUUUGGUUGUUUAUGCUACUUUUUGUGACGGUGCUGUGGGAGUUUUUGAUGCUAAUAGCUUAAGACUCAGAUGUCGAAUAGUGCCUUCUGCUUAUAUACCAUCAUUUUCUCUCAGCGGUGGCAACCCCUCCAAUCCUCUGGUUGUAGCAGCUCAUCCAUCUGAGCCUAACCAGAUUGCAGUUGGCAUGACUGACGGGUCAGUCCAUGUGGUUGAACCAUCUGAUGCAGAGCUGAAGUGGGGUGGCACACCCUCUCAAGAUAUUGGUCCUUCCAAUUCAUCAAAUCAUUCUCUUAGUAGUCAAGCAUCAGAACUUCCUUCCAGGUGAUAAUUAAGUUAUUAUCAAGACCAGUAGACCAGACAGACAUCAUGCUGCAGUUUCGUGAAUUUUAGCUAGUAUUACCUUACCCAAUUUUUCGGCCGAGCCAUUGCUUUGGGUUAUGGUUCUUUAUUCUGUGUAUAUAUUUGUCUUUCUUUAGUUUGCAAAAUGAAGUUGUACAGAUAUGAAUCUGUAUAUCGUUUGAGAAAAAAGAAGAAGAGAAGAAAUUGUUGGGUCGUGGAUCCGAUUUCACCUAGGAUAAGGAUUUGUUAAUCCUUUAUCAAAAAGGAGUUUU